CCACCAGGUAGAACACUCCACUUCCACCUCAUCGCACGCCUUUUUGAACCGACAAUAGCAACAAUGGCCAAAGGUCUCCGCUCCAGCGUCAAGAAGGCGAAUCGCUCCAAGCUGCGUGCCCGCGUUUUCGGCCCUGCCGAAGCCGCCCGCAACGAACGACUUCACGCCAAACUGCUCGAAGCCGUCCAGCAACCCAAGCCCGAGCCCCCCAAGAAAUCAGACAUGGAAAUCGACUCAAGCGACUCUGCAGAAGUCAUGGAAGUCGACGAGGCCGCCGCUGCGACCGCCGAGACGACCGCCGCAUCCUCCAUCUCCAAGACCCAGGCGAAGAGGAAGGAUCGCGUCAAGAAGGCGAGGAGGCAAAAACCCAAGAAUGCGAUUGCCUUUCCCAAGAGUAAGGGGAAGGGUGCCCUGAAGCCCUUCUCGGAGAGUAGGGUCAAGAAGGCGAGGAAAUGAGGUCAACGUGAAUGCAUUCUCGCAUGUCUUUCGAGCAUCGGCAGCGUAGCUUUUCCGCUGACUCCGUCGGUCCCUCGGGCGGGAUCUUCCCGCAUGGUGUUUCACGGAUAUUGCAUGUUUAUGGCGUUCUUGUUUUCGGGGGAAAGGGAAUUUCUGUUGCCUGGAAAGGCUUAUGGAUGAUACCACGUCCAUAUGGACACAUUAUCUGUGUAUGUAAUGAAUGAAUAUCUGAC